AUGAUAGGAGCUGUGGUCAGAGGCAGAGGACAAAAGGAUCUGAGUGAUGAUGGAAAAAGAGAUUGGGAUGAAGAGAUCAAGAAUUGUUUGGAUCAUGAAUAUCAAGACUGGGAAAAUCCACAAACAACAUACAUGAUACCUGAAAAUCUCCAAAGAGCAGGCUCUAAAGGGGAAAAAGCUGAAGUACAAGUGUUUAACUUGUUGAAGGCCUUUGGAGAGGAGCGAAAUGAGCCAAUGUUUGUUGUGCAUUCAUAUAAAUUUAAAGAACGGAUUUUACAGCUAAAUGAUAAGUUCAAGCUGAGUAACACAUCAAGAAAAUGGAAACUGGGUGAACAUGAUUUUGUUAUCAUCCACCGUCAACAUGGGUUUGUGUUCAUACAAGUCAAGGCUGCAGAUAAAACUGCUAAGACAUUUAGGGAGGCACAGCGGCAAAUAGAAAAGGACACGGAUGCAAUGAAACUUUUCUUGGUCACAGCUAAAUUCCCUAAAAAAGAUGGUCAUAGAGUCUUUUCAAGAUAUCCAGGUUUCAUUGCAAUGCCUAACUGUCCGCGCCCUAGCUCUGAGGCAAGUUCCUAUGCUGAUGGCAUAUUCAAGGAGGAUAUGUCCAGUGUUGAAGCCUUUGCACAGUGGUGGGACAACAAUAUUCCAAGCAGUGAACACCUGAGUCAAGAUUUGUUCAACUUGCUUGUGAAACAGUAAGCAAUAUUUUUUGAGAGUAUUGAUUAUGACAAUAGACAAUAUUUUAUUUGGGGUCUUAUACCAGCUGGUACAUCAAAUGUUUUCCAAAUAAUAUAAAAUUACAAUAUGUGUUAGCUAUUUAUUACACCAUAGACAAUUACUUACACACAGACAUAUUUUAAUCUACUUUUUGUCUUCUUUCUCGUCUCUUAUCUUGAAGCACUCAAACACAUGCCUCGUUAUUCAUGAAUUUUUGGGUUUCAGGCUUUUCGCUAGGGGGAUUUAUUAGAAACAUGAAUAUUUAGUUUUGUGACCAUCCACUGUUAUUAGAUGCUCAUUUUUUUUACUCAGUAGAACGUUUCCUUUUUCCUCAUAAGCAGGGCAUACAGUUGAAAACUGAUAUUCGUCCUCCAUCACUAGUUUACAAAUUGAACAUAAUAAUUCUUUCUUGAGGUUUUUUAGAAGGUCUUAAGAAUCGGCCCAUGUCUAUGGGGAGUUUGUGAUUGCUUAAUCCCAAUUUUGUUUAAGUUAUUCUGUGAUUAUUAAUGCAACUGCUGUUUAGGAAGGGUUCAUAAUAUUUAUCCAGAUGGUGGUGAAGUGAGGUUAAUUUUUUUCCGUUACAUUUUGUAGAAGCCUCCCAUGCUGGUUUAAGUAAAGGUUUUCAAUUCCCUCCCCUCACUCCCAUGUUUUGCAGGGUGCAAUUUUAUUGCUUCCAGUGGAAUAUUUUUUGCCAAAUUAGCCAAGGCAACAUUUUAAUGAUGUCACACAAAAACCACCCAAGCGUUGCUCCCUGCCUACUACUGCAAAAGAUUUUGAUUGGGCUGAAUCAGCUUAAAAACCAUGAACCCUCUUUUCUGUUACUUCUUCAGGACCCUAUUUAGUUGUCUUCUGUCCAUGCUUGAAAACUUUUGUCACACCCAAGCCUACUAACUGCCAUAUGCUAACUGCUAUAUACGGUCCACAUGCAAGCGCAAAAACACAUGAAAAAACUUUGCCAUUAUCCAUCCAUCUUGACUUCACUUUCGGUCAAUAACAUACAUUAUUGCAUACAUUCACAUGUUUGAUAAAGCAUUUUGUUCUUUCUUCUAUGUCUACAUUUUCUCAGUUUUGCUGGCUUAGUCAGAAUCACCCGCGGUUUUCCAUGUCAAUCAAGCCUUGAUGGUAUCCAUGAAUUUCUCCACUACAUCACCAGGGAGCAGUUGCAAGUACUGGUGGAUACCUCGUCAGCACAGAAGUGGAUUGUUGGCCCAGCAGGAAGUGGAAAGACCUGUCUCAUUGUGGAAAAGGUUAUUCAGUUAGCCGAGAAAAUUCUUCUCCACUCUUUGAAUGAAAAAAUUCUUGCUGUAUGUUACAACAGACCCCUGUCUGUGAUGCUCAGAAAAUCCUUUGAAGUAGCUUUGGCAGACCUGCUACAAGGAGAGGAGGUUAGUUCAGUUGUUGACGUCAAAACAUUUGACAAACUUCUUAGCGACAUUAUUGGAUCAUCAUUUAAUGUAAAAGAUGGUGAGGAAAAUGUCAUAAGAGCACUAGACAGUCUUCAGCAGCGUACGUCCUCUGAAAGAUCCUUGUUCAGCUACGAACACAUUUUCGUUGACGAGGGGCAAGAUUUGUACAGUGACAAGUGGCCAGACCUGCUGAAUAUACUUCACAGGUCUUCCGAGGACCCUGCUAAUGAAGUUGACGACUUAGAACCCAGUUACUUUUGGGUGUGUUAUGAUUCAAAUCAGCACCUCCAUUUGUCAAAAGAAAAGCUUUCCCCACAUUUCCGGAAGAACCUUCGAGAUAGCACCAGACUUCACCAAGUAGUCAGAAACACCAAGAAAAUCUUUUCCCAGUUUGUGAAGUAUUUCGAACCAACUGUUCAACCUUUGAAACCAGUGGGAGUCUACCACGGAGAAGAUGGGUUGAAUAUUAACUGGGAUGAUUCUUUAAAAAGUGGAGCUGCCAGUGGCGAACAAGCAAUUGUGAAACACUUGGAAUAUUUGACGAAAAAUGGCGUGCAAAGUAGGGACAUUUGCAUUCUUUUCCGAGAUGCAAAUAAACAAACGCUGGACUUGAAUCUUGGUGUUGAGAUUCAGAAUGCCGAAGAGCUCUGGACAAAUCCAGAAAACAACAAAGUAGUUGUUGACAGUAUAAGAAGGUUUAAAGGCUUGCAAUCUAAAGUCGUGAUUCUCUACGAUCCUCCCUUUGAUGAAGCUGAAAUGAAAACAAGGGAGCUCUUGUACACCGCAUUUUCGCGCUGUUAUUGUUACUUAAUUGUGAUAAGCACUGCGCGUGGAUGUCACGCCCUUCAGUCUUUGGCAGGUCUUACCGGAAGCUCAUCAACAUCAACAUCAACAGAUUCAAUAUAUUUGUCUCCCAGUCCUCGUGCUGUAACAGGAGGUAAUUAUCAGGGUGGACCCUGGGAAUUACCUUCUAAACGCCGUCACGACAGCACAGCUGACCCUGGGCAUAAUGUGCUUUACAAGAAGAUGAAGGAGGUUGCAGGAGCGUACGACAGUUAUCUUCUCAAGGUACCAAACAGUGCGAUUGGGGAUUCUGUGCGUAUGCAAGAGUACAAUAAGCUCCUUCCAUCCGUUUUUCAGAAUCUACUACUCCAUCCUCAAUACAGUGAUGUUACUCAGCCAGCCCUGCGUGAGAUUGUUGCCCUUUUGGAGUACGAUGUCCUGAGGCAUUCCACGAAUUCAUUGCAUUACCAGAAAGAUAUGGAUGCUAUGAAGGAAGUAAUUGAUGCUUCUACUGAAACGGGUGAAGUAAAUGAUAAAGUGGGAAAAGUCCUUGGUUUUCAAGCUACGGCGUAG